AAAGUGAGCAACCCAAGCUCCUCUUUGCGCGCGUCAACCGCCAUCCCAUUUCCGGAUAGGCACGACAUUCCGCGUCUUCCCCAAGUCUACCUCAACAGCUAUCAAAUUGUACACAAAAACAAAGACAAAAUGCUCGUUGUUUGCAUACAUUGACCAAUCAAGACAUUUACUCCAGCUUCUCGCCAGCAGAUGACUCAGACUAAUCAAUUGCUGUUCUUUGUUCUGUUAACUUGUUUUUCUUGUUCUCCUUCUUGAGUCUCGGGAUCAAAUGCAGCCAACAAGGAGAGCUCGACCCUAAAACGGCGACGACGGAACCAGGUUGGAGACGGCCGCGUGCCUUCUGUAUGCUUUUUUCGCAUUGUUCAGACCGUUGCCGGAUCGAUAUUGAACUGGUCGUCCCCGGCCUCCUGGCGCAUCAAAAACCGUAUCGGUGUCUGGUUCUGUAGUCUCGAAUCGAACGGGCCUUCCUAGACGAUACGAUACAUACGGACGCAGUUUGCCUGCGCAUUGAUGUCGCCCUAGGUGUAGCAUCACCAAACAAGCAAGACGACAUUUCCAAAAUCACCACUACGACGCGACAGCAAGACUAUGCAAAGUAACCGUGCUUCUAUUGCCUGACCCUUUGCACUCCAAUAUAAUGACUUCGCCGGCACGCUUGCUCCCAUGCCGCCAACAGACUUGCUAUCAUCCGACGGAGAUGGCAGACCAUGUUCCUCCCUGUCUUCGCAUAAUCUGUCUUCCUACAACCCACCUUCAAGCCCAGGACCAGUGGAGCCAUACUACUCUAAUGAAGAAAUAUCAAUCAUCUACGAGUCCGUACUGCGCGGACAGGAAAUCCUCGCCGCCGACGAGAAGCGAACGCUCACCGAGACGGCGGCGCUCUUCGAGGGCAGCGAGCAAGUUUUCCCGCAACAUGGCAUCUCUACCGAUGACCCGCGCCUGUCGCGCCUCCUUUUCAAGAUCGGUGGUAGGCGCGGAGUCGGGCCCGGUCUGCUCAGGAAGUUCCGGUCCGUCUUAGAGGGCAUGGACAUUGAGAUCAACCUGGAUGGCCAUCCUCUUCGGUCAACCGACGCCGGCGACGAUGACCGGCCCGGGCUCUCGACCCGGUCCAACUCUUUUGCGCACUUGCCCGGGGCCGCAACGAACAGCAGCAUAUCCAGCAGUCCUCGACAGAGACCAAGAGCCGACGGCGAGGGAGAUGUUCCUGUCGCGUCAAACCUCAAUGGUCACUCGCGCAUUCAUUUCGAGGCCUUGGCCAACCCGGCGCCCAACGGAGUCGCUGCCAAGACUGACGAUCCGCAACUUCCCCGCGCCGUUUCGUUUGUCUCCUCAACAGAGGACUUUCCCGCCCGGCCACUACCUGAGAUUGACCCGCAAACUCCGGCGGCGCAGUGGGGAGCCGGGUUUUCUGGUAACAAUGGUGCAUCUGGUCAGUCGUCGCAGGCAACAUCUCCAAACCGAACGCGUUCCUUGUUGCGACCUCUACCCGCAGCUUUUGGACGUGUCAACCUGCCUAUCCGACCUGCUGUGCCACCAUCGGUAUCAUCAGCCGCCGACUCGCCACAAAGACCCUCUCAACCGGUUCGCUCAUUACCAGCACCUCAGGCUCAGCAUGAUCUGCCGAUGCUGUCCAGGUGGCUACAAAGCAGCAUUUCGAACCCGAGAUCGUUCAGGGCCACUCCACGUUCCGCUAAUCUCGAUGUGCCAGAAAUCAACUGGGCAGGUGGCGCACGUCCGCAUCGCAUUCAGGUCGCAGAGUCGUCCCUGGACGCUGAUGAAAUUAUUUACGAGGACGAAGAUGGUGACAUUGGGGAGGUUCAAUCUCGCAGCAACGACAACCGCGACUUCGAGGUUGCUAAUGAACAUCUCCAACCACCUCUGCGACCCAAGCCAACAGCUGAACCUCAGGCUGCUGCAAGCGAUUUACAUGAUGCUGAUGUUUCUGGAAACGGGGAUGCAGACGGCAAUGAAGAACAUUUGUUUGGUUAUGGCAGUUUACUCGGCCCUCAAAGAAACGAUACGGCGCGUAGUGCUCGUCACCUGGCACCUUCGGCCCUUCCAAAACAAUAUACACGAGUAUCAUCUACCGAGGUUCAUCGUCACGGCCAGGCCUUGAACCUAGAUGAAAUUCCUGGUGUCAGACAUAGUGAGACACCACUUCCCCCGUAUGGGUCACCUCCCAGAGAUGAUGAGAAUUUUGCGGGUUCAAAAUGGCCGGAGCGUCUUAAUUCUCUACCGGCCUCGCAUCCAGUCUCACAAGCGCCCAUGCACCAAGAAGACCUUCAAAAUGAGUCGGAACUGCAGCAGUCGGUCUUGGCGGACAUGGCGGCGGCGCACCGGAGUUUCCACUCCGGUAGGGUGGGAGGACUGUUGAAGUUAUGGCGUGACCAGCGAAGUCGUGUCUCAGCAAGCAAUGACUACAUGGAGUCUCUAGCCGGCCAGAUGGAGAGGAGGUUCCUGAGCAAGAAAUUUGUCAACUCAUGGCGCCUGGCGGUUGGGAUGGCGAGGGCCCGGAGAGCUGAGGCUGCAGAAACGGCAAGGCAACUGGUUGAGACAGCACGGCGGGAGGAGCGGAUCAUGAAGCGGGCCGAACGAGCUUAUGAGCUCUCGCUGCUUCACAAAGCCUUCACACACUGGUGGACGGCUGCUCAUGAGGAGGUAGAGAGAACCGAAAUCGCGAGAAGACACUUGCUCAGGAAGAAGGUCUUCGAUGGCUGGUCACAAAAAGUGUCGGCAGACAAAUACAAGGCUUUCAACUUUGCCGCCAGUGGAGCGCUGCUUGCUUGGCGCACUGCCACGAAGAAACAAGAAGAGCAGGAAGAAGUCGCGCUCCAAAUGCGCUCGAGAGGGCUCGUAAAAAUCGCAUUUGCAAAGCUUUUCAGGCGACACCAGGAGUGCGUGGCUGAUGCUUUCAACUCGACUCGUCUGGGGCAGUGGGCCAUUUUGACUUGGUCGUUAGAACUGCAGAGCGCCGCGAAACUGUGGACUGCUGCAGAGGCGGAUGCUUCCCAUAUGCGCCAAUCUAAUGCAUUGAGUAUGUGGCAGUCCCGGCGCUCCGAUAUGUUCAUGUUUCAGUCGAUGGCUUCCAGUCUUGUACUCGAUCAUGAUGCGGCUGCCAUCUUUGAGUUCUGGCGCAAGCAAGCCAAGCUUGAAAGCAGAUUCAGGGAGUUUUCCAACUCGCAAAGGAAAAACAUGCAGGCCAUUACACUGUCUACGUUGGUCCAUGCUUCUGAUCUCUUGCAAAUGCUUGGGACCAAGGCAGAUACCAUGAUGCUUAAAGACUUUGCUCAACAUUGGCUCCGCGAGCUUCGAUUGAGGGACGUUUCGAGGAGGCGGGACCACGAUUUGUUGUAUAAUCAGCUGUACGAAUGGCUGAUGGAAGAGCGAUAUGCACUUUUCUACCGGUACUCGGAAUACAACAGAACUGCCGCAGCGCUGUCUGACCUGCGAGCCAUUCACGAGAGCGAGAAGCUGAGGCAGAGACAGCUUGACCUGAAAUCUCAGCGGUUUCGUAGGCGUGCCUUGUUGGCUCCUUUUGUUUGCCUCAUGCGCUCUCAGAUAUGUCACAAUGACGAGGCGCACAAGUUGGCCUACGGGAUCGAUCUGAGAAAUGUAGCAAGCAGCAUAAUACAAGCCUGGACCGCGGCAGCUGGUGAGCUGGAGAGCAUGGCGCACGAUGCCCGUCUCGGGGCCUACUGGACCGCCGCGAUUACUUGUCUCGAGGGCUGGCCCAGCUUCGCUCGAGAAGUGCGUCGCCACAGACUCGCAACGACAUACCACGCAGCGAGCCGGCUACGCAAGGAACGCAUGGCCACAGACGCCUUUGUUACCUGGCAGGAAGCUCUGCACGACAAGUUUGUUGUGACCUGGGAGUCGGAAGCGGCCCUGCAGGACCGGCAACUGCAUGAGACGAUUGACCUGAUGAACACCUGGAUUGGUGAGACGAAUCGCAUGAUAGUCAUGAGCAGUGUCGCCAAUCAAGCGGAUUUGCAGGUCAACGUCAACUCAUGGCGCGCUAUCGCUAGUGGGCUCGAAAACCAAGAGACUGAUGCUGUCAUCUAUGAUAUCGAGCGGCUAAGAAGUGCAACCCUGGAGGUUUGGGAACUCGAACUGGUCAAGCUGAGGGGUUGGACGCACACAGCCACGGAGCUCGCAGACAAGAACAAGAAGAAGCUUGCUCGCCAAGCACUGGGAUUCUGGUUGAGCCAGACGCAGCCGCGUCAACGCGAGGCGGACGACAUAGUCAUGGGUGGCAGGACUCCGCUUCGGUCUAGCCUCCGUCGGAGCUAUACAGCUACCGCCCCGCCAAACUUUGGCGGUUCCGUGUUAACGAGGCCGGGAGGUCGAUCUGGAAGUGCCGACCAAGACAACUCAGACAUUACAAGAUCCCAGUCUCAACAGGAGAAUCCUCUUGCGAGAAGGACUCAGGAGCCUUCUGGACCUCGACAGCAGGACAGUCUGCGCGGGCCCGCGUACGGAAGCUCAAUAUCGCAAGGAAUGCCCUCGGCUUGGUUCUCUAGCCGCUUCGGGUCAAGCACUACUGCAAACACACCUUAUACUCCCCAGCCAAAAGCACCGCAUUCUGAGCAGCCCACUCCUCAGCACUCAACCAUGGGUCGUCCGAGCGCCGGCUUCCAAGAAUCGAGACUGCCACCCAUCUCCGAACGGUCUGAAAACUCCACACGGCGGUUUUCAGGGGGCGUCUACCCCGACGCGGCUCCUGAAAGACCAGAUGAUUCGAUGCGUAGUCGUAGCGAGGACCGCAUUCGGUCGUUUCAGGAGAAGCUGGCGCAGGCCUCGCGAUUUGCAGACUCGGUUCAGUUAGGCCCAAUGUCGGAGUUUGACGAAGACGAGGAGAAUGAUGGUCCGUACCGGUCCUCGGCACAGUUUGGUGCUUCUACGGCUAGCUCCGCUUUCCCAGCCACUCCUGCUGCACCGCGAGCAACCGGCGCGACGCUACCUCCGUCCAUACUAGUCAACACGCCCACGCGGUUCCAGAGUACCACACGCCUACCUUUUCCGUCGACGACUACUCCCAUGGCGCCUCUACCGUCUCCCAUGGAACGGCAGCUGCGGGAAGAGUACGUGCAGCCGUUAAACACCUUGCAGCAAGAGCAAUCUUCGGCCAGACCGACUUUUGCCCGCGGCGCCAGAAGCCUUCUUGGAACAGGUGGUGCCGCGGCACGCCAGGGCGACAGCAGUAGACUGGCUCGCUCAUGGAUGACGGCUGGCCGGCAGCCUCGUGUAACUUUUGAGCCUGGUCUUACCGGGGCCGACAAGGAAGAAGACGACAAUGGCGAGCAGUUUACGAAUUUCUAACGAUACUGGCUGAGUGGGAAACCUCUGCCCAGGCCUUUGCACUUUUCCUUUCCUCCUAGUUCAUCUUGUUGCAUCUCUUUUUCUUCUCUAACACUAUACGGCUGAGCGAGGCGUUCCGGUUUGAGGGUUUGAUGGGGUAGCCGAGCUGAUUGAGGCGGACGAUCUAUUAUUGUGGUUUUACUUUUCGGAUUAUACGGGAGUAUACAUGCAUGGAUUGGCUGUUAUCCCACGUUCGACUCCUUUUUUUUUCGAUUAUACCCUGUUCUUACGUUGGAGUAGUAGUAAGUAGUAACGCCAUUCACCAAGUCAUGUCUGCUGGGCUAUAGUCUGCUGCCGUUCUCGAUGCAGCUUGUUUGACGAACAUAGACCUCACUACACGAUUGGUUAACUCACAAACAAACCCUAGCUAUUGAAUAAGUACAUGCUGUAUACAGUCACUGAUGCAAAGGCUAUUCAUAAGUUGGCAAAGACGAACACAUUGUUGUAUAAACAAGUCCUUAUGACAGACCCCAUGGUCCAAUCUGUGCUUAUUACCCGCAAAAUCCAAAGAAUCAACCUGAGAUAACUCCUGAUGAAAACCCAAUCAUCA